AGUUGAAAAUAACCUGCUCACAAGGGAAAGAACUUCUGUAAUGCGAUGCACGUGAAGUUUUUAUUUGAACAUAUUUAACAAUGUUGCCAUUGUCACUCCUGCGCACUGCUGUCAACCACCCAAUGUUGGUAGAGUUAAAAAAUGGAGAAACUUACAAUGGACAUCUAGUGAGCUGCGAUAACUGGAUGAACAUCAAUCUGAGAGAGGUGAUCUGCACGUCCAGAGAUGGAGACAGAUUUUGGAGAAUGCCUGAGUGUUACAUCCGUGGCAGCACAAUUAAGUACCUGCGUAUUCCAGACGAAGUGAUAGAUAUGGUGAAGGAGGAGGUUAUACAGAAAUCCAAGGGUCGCGGGGAGAUGAAGGGCCGAGGUGGGGGCCAGAGGGGGCGGGGAGCCAGAGGUGCGUUUGGUCGUGGCGGUGGGCGAGGAGGAGGCGGGCGUGGUGGUGGGAGCAGGCCAGGAAAGGGGCGGGGCGAAGGGAAGCACAAGGUUUUCAAGACCAACGCACCCAACAACUCACACAUCACAGUCCAAUGCGAUGCACUGGAGGAGGUGGACAACUUCUCAGAAGCAUCCUGGACAACCAUGGAGGAACAGAUGCAGACGUCAGAACCCGCAUUGGAGGGGCAACUACGGUCCUUUUUGUGGACUAUCAAAAGGGAGCCACCAUCAUACUUGUUUGGAACCAUCCAUGUUCCAUAUACACGGGUGUGGGAUCACAUUCCAGAAAACGUGAAAACAGCUUUCUACCAAUCAGAAAAUGUUUUUUUUGAACUUGAUCUAACAAAUCCCACAACAGUGACUCAGCUUGCAAAUUGUCAGCUCUUACCUCAUGGAGAAAUCCUCUCAGACAUCUUACCGAAGGCGUUAUAUGCUCGACUUAAAGAUCAUUUAGAAUAUGUCAGAGCAAGAAUGUCCAAGUGGAUAACAGAGGAUCAGAAAGGGAAAGGGUUGUAUGCUGACUAUUUGUUUGACAUCAUUGCUGGAAACUGGGAAAGAAAACGACCAAUUUGGGUGAUGUUACUUGUAAAUUCAUUAACAGAAAGUGAUAUAAAAUCUCGAGAAAUUCCUGUGCUAGAUUUAUAUUUAGCACAAGAAGCAGAACGACUUGACAAAUCAACAGGUGCUGUGGAACAAGUGCAAGAGCAAUGUAUUCCCUUGAAUGAGUUAAAUUAUUCUCAGGUGCUGUUUGCAUUAAACAGGACAUUACGUCAACACGAGUGGUAUCGAGUACAGAACAGUGCUCACAACAGUGCAAUACCAUUCUCCACGGAUGAUCUGAUUCAUCACUACAACUGUGGAGAUCUGGAUGGGAUCAUAUUUAGCAAAGACUCCUCACAAGUUUCAAACCUUGUGAAUGCUUCUCUACCUCCUAAUGACAUAAAAACUGCAAAAAUAAUUGAUCAAUAUUUCCGGACAGAGCUUAUUAAUAAGCGAAAUGGACGAAUGGCAGAAAGAGUUGCCAAUUUACUUCAAGAUAACCCAGAUCAGAGUUUUUUCUUUGCCUUUGGUGCUGGUCACUUUUUGGGCAACCACACUGUUAUAGAGAGGUUGAGACAGAAAGGUUUGGAAAUUGAACAUACACACCAGGAAUUUGAAGUUCCUAAGAUAACAAUGCAGAGAAGUUAUAAGAGCAAACGUCGUAACAAGCUGCAGGAAGACUUUGGUGACGUGUGGGAGGAGAUGGACCCAGAGUCACGGUCAUGGUUGGAGAAGUCACGCUCAGAACGACGUAAAAAUUACAACAAUAACAAGCCAUUCAAUGAUCCUCUGGAUACGCAGAGAGACACCAAGCCCUGAGUUUCUGCAGCUGGCCAGAGAUGUGAGUACAGCCGCUAUCCAGUCUCCUGACUACCUCUUCAGUACAGCAGUGUCUGUGCAGCCAGCCAGGGAUACUGUUAUCUUUGUUCAGCUGCUCCUUAUGGUCUCCAUGGCGACAUACUGAUUUCCAGCAAGACAUUAACACAGCUAUUCUACUCCCCCCUUCUGUUGUGUAUUGUGUAUUGUCUCCAUGGUGACAUAGUAAAGUCCAGCCAUAAAACUUAGUGUCAAAUGCUUUGUUCUCAAACUCUACUGAAUAAAUUAGGUUUUUGACCACUCAACAAGCCACAUUUAUGAUUCAAUCUUGAUGAAAUUUUGUAAAUCUUAUUGAGAUAAUAUCAAGGCCAUAUUCAGAACUGGUUCACGUGCAUCCAAAAUCUACAUUACGAGGUCAAAUCUUAGAAAAAUCUUGUUAGACUUCUUCAGGCCACAUUAAUGACUCAAUCUUAUUAAAACUUGGUCAGGAUUUUUAUCUCAACUAAACCUAGACUGGCUUCAAGUCUGGGUCACGUGCAUCCCGAAACAAGGUCACAAUAUCAAAUUUUAGGAAAAUGUUGUCACCAAUGCCUCAUUUAUGACACAAUCUUGAUUUAAACUUGCCAGAAUGUUUAUCUUGAAGCUUUCUAGCUUGAGUUUGAAUCUGGGUAACAUGGGUUCAAAAACUGGGUCACCAUGUCAUAUCUUUAAACAAAUCUUUCAACAGACGGGGCAACAUUUAUGACUCAAUUUGAUGAAACUUGGCCAAAAUGUUUAUCUUGGCAAUAUCUAGGCCAUGUUUGAAUCUGGUGUCAUUUGCUUCUAAACACUAUGUUACAAGGCCAAAUCUGAAAAGCUGACUACUCUAGAGCCACAUUUAUGACUCAGUCUUGUUGAAGCGUGUUCAGAAUGAUUAACUUGCCACUAUGAAGGCCGUUUUUGAGUCUGAGUCAAAUGUGGUUGGUCUUUUUGAACUCAGGGGAUUGGUUAAGGGCCAUCAUGGUCCUUUUGUUUCAAUGUGCAAUUUCAAAACCUUUUUGCUGGCAAUAAAGCUGAUGAAACUGUAGAAACUCUGGGAGCAUUGAAAUGUUCAACAUGAUUAUUAUCCCAGUAAAUUUUAGUAGUCAUCAAUGACUUUUAUCACAUUUUGAAUGUUUGCAUAGCACUGAAGUUUGAAAUUGGCAUGCAUUAGCACAAGUCAUGCAAAACUGCAUUAUUUACAUGAUACUCAUUAAGGCAUUACAAAUGUGUUACUCUGAAAAAAUGCAUAAAUUGUUGCACUUUAAAUCAGCAUUAACAGUUCAAUAUAUACUUUUGAAAUUAGUUUGUUUAAACUAUUAUAUUAACACUGUGAUAUUGCUCAUAUGCUGGCCAGUAUUUUAAAUUUUCUUUUGUUCAUAAGAAUGUGUUCUGAAAAUUGUAUUAUGAAUGAAGUGUAUGUUUGUAUGCUCUGGAUGCUCCAGGGGAACAAAAAGUUGCCACUUUGUCCGUUGUUACGUCACACUUGCUUGUCCAGACUAUUUCUCAACAAUGCUAUUCUUAACCAUGUAUGUACAUGCAACCAUUUAUAACUUGCACUCAAUUUUGUGUGUGCCACAAUGGAAGGAAAAACGUUUUACUGAAACACUCAUUUUUGUACCUGCAUCAUGCAUAUCCAAAAAAAGGUUAUGCCCCAUUUGUUGACAUAAUUUAUAUAAAAUGCUAUGUUUCUCUACAAUAGACUUAAAUAAACUUUUGAUGAGUAUGUCUAAUGUACAUAUUUUGCAAUUUUUAAGUACCAAUACACAAUAAUAAUGAUUAACAAUAUGGUAACUUUUGGUACUGAACAAAUUCUCUAUAUGGGGUCAGUAAUGCCAAUAUGACCAUUAUACAGUAAAUGCAUGCUUUUCUGAAGGAUUUCUAUUGCCUGCACUAAAGAAAUUUACCAUGAUUUUAACACAGGAAAGUACCCUGAAUAGAUUGAUUGGUGUGGGUAGUAGAAUAUAGCCUGAUUGGUGUGGGUAGUAGAACAAAGCCGAAGAACUGCCAUAAAAAACAUCUUAUUAUAUAGCAUAAGUGACACAAAUGGGAUUAUUCAGGCAUUACUCAUGAAUGAGCCCUGACACUGUGAUUAAAUAUUUGUAUAGUAUUCUGGAAAGACUUUCUUGUUGUCCUUGAUAAAUAUGUAAUAUUGCAACUUGAUUUUGUUCUCAAAAUAGCAGCCAGACUAGUGUUGUAUAAAUGUAUUAAGCACACAACGUAUUUUAAUUUAAUUACUUCUUACGAAAAUUCAGCGUAAUGCAUUCAGUAUUCUAAAGUAUUGUGCUUUUAAUGCAAUAUCUACUAGAUGUCAAUGAAAGAGAAGAUAUAAUAAACCUUAUUUGUUGUUUAAUUGUGUGUCUUUUCUGGUGCAUGUGUUUUGUGUCUCACUGUUAGGUAAUUGGUUCCUCACCAUGAAUAAAGGACUGCAUGGCACAAUAAGGUUUCUCUCCUGCUGGUGCAGCUGAAGUUUCACUUAACCCUUUGCAUGCUGGGAAAUUUGUCGUCUGUUAAAAUGUCGUCUGCUGAAUUUCUAAAAUUAGCAUUUUCUUCGAUUUUUUUCAAAGAAUACUAUCAGAAUAGCAAACAGUUUGGAUCCUGAUGAGACGCCACGUUCUGUGGCGUCUCAUCUGGAUCCAAACUGUUUGCAAAGGCCUUCAAAAUUCGGUUCCAGCACUAAAAGAGUUAAUGCGUAGUUCAUUACCAACUUGAAGAUUGCAGUCUGCUUCAAUUAUGGAAGGCUGCAUUUUCUUGAGGCAUUCUGUUUCAAUUGUUUUUAUAAGAGUUAUGGAACUUAGGAACAGUUCAAUAUAUUGUAAUUCUUGUCCUGCUUCCAGCAUGUGCUUAUUGGAAUUCAAACAACCUUUUUAGAAAGCUUCAUUACCAAUUGAAGGUAAAUUUGCAUAUUACCUCAUUUUCAUCUACAAAGCAAUAACUGCAUAACUAGAUAUACACAAGACAAAACAUUUUCUGGCAUUUUUUGUUAAUUAUUAUUGCAUAGAAUUGCAAUUGAUUUAUUUAUAUCAAAAGCAAGCAUUUUCCAGUACCAGUCCUGUUAAUAAAGUUUGAUCAGCAUUCUACAUGUUUUGAGAUUGUCAAACCCUAAGCAGAGGUUUUUCUGAACGCUUAACUGUGUUUUAAUGGCAGUUUCACAUUGUGUUUCUAAGUACCUAGUUUUAGGAUGCCAAACUAAAGGAUCCAGUACCAAUUUAAGCAACAAGUAAACAAUUACAAUUUUUUUUUUUUUUUAUGAAAUAUAACAUAAUUUUUGCCUUCAUUAUACCCCUUACUAGUAUUUCACCGUUCUGGAUAAGUUGAUCUUUUGUAGUGACAGAUUUAUUAAAGUGAUCAAUAAUGUUGUGUCAAAGACUUUUGUUUGGUGGCAGUCAUAAGGGGAGACUGUUUGUUUGAUUAUUUAUAGCUUAAAAGCUUGGAUCAAUUUGGAGCUGACAUGGUUUUAAAAGGGAAGCGGACAACGACAACGAGCGAGGCCUGGUAUAGGGGAGAUAACCCUUGGUUAUGGUUAGGGGUCGGGUUAGGGUUAAGGCUAACCCAACCCCUUACCCUAACCCUCUAACCCCCCCAUGUGCAUUACAAUACCAGGCCUCGCUCGUUGUCGUUGUCCGCUUCCUGUUUUAAAAUGCCCAUUUUGUGUACAUGAAAUGUUUAUCUACCUCAUUGUUGUAUGAAUUCAGCAUUUAGAUUGUUUAUUUUUAUUAGUAGAUGGAAUUUUCUGUUUUAGUUUAACAAUUUUACAAGCUAUAUACAAAACUUAUAUCUAAUAGUUGAUAUGAAAAUAAGCCGAUAAAUCAGAUAUAACUUUCCCAUUAGAUUGUAUUUUGUCUUUACUGAUUUAACAUGGUGGUCUGUGUACAACAGGCAGGUGAUAUAUGAAAAUAAAAAUUCCUUCACUUCA